AUGAAUUUCUCCCGCAUACAGAACUUGCAAAAUUGCAGCUCUUCUGCGCUUUCCGAAAUGGAGCACUGCGAAAAGCUCACCUGUGUUUCGGACGACGAAAAAGUCUAUGGCGGAUUCCUUGGGGGCCUAUACAAAACAGCAGGCCUGUCUCCGCAGAGGGUCGCAAAAAUAAACAGCCCGGUCUCUUUUAUCGCGCGAGGGCCGCGGGCUCCAGACGAGCUCUCCCCGCCAGGAAAGCCUCUGCACGCAGCCUGCGCCCAAAAGGAAAACAGCAAGAUGAAGGAAGAAUCUGCUUUCUUCUCUAAGUACAUCAUAGGAGACUGGGAUGGAAACAUCCACAUUGGAGGCCAGAAGAUAAAAGUGUCCGAGGGGGCAUACCCCAUCAAGUGCAUACUCCCUAUAGAGCACGGGGUGGUGGCCUGCGACCCAGCCAAUGUGUACGUCUGGCAGAAUGGCGCAGUUUUUUCUGCGCGCAUUGGAGCAUGGCCGCUGGCCCUUGAGGUCCUGCGCGGCGAAAUAGUGGCUACAACAGGAUACACCGUCCACUACCUGCGCAUACAGGCCAGCCAGAUAAAAGAAAUUGCGAGGGUAGAGCUGCAGCGGGACUCUGGGCACACCGAGACGCUUACCUGCAUAGACCGCGCGCAGAAGACCAUUGGAGGAAGCAUAGGCGGAUGGAUAAUGCGCAUCGAGGACAAGGAGGACCAAGCGCGCUGCAGGCUGUCCAAGGUCAUGAAGCUAUCCGAAGAGAAGCUCACGGGAAUAUCUGCAUACGAGCACAGAGGAUCCCUGUAUUACAUAUGCAGCACAGGAAACAGCGUGUUCAUUGUGGACGCCAAGCAAAAAAGAGUCCUAGAGACGUUCUGCAUUGCAAAGGACCACGGAGUGUUUUACUCGGGCUGCAUACGCGACGAAAAGCUGGCCUUGCUAGCAUUUAAUAGAAACUUCACAGUAUACAGGCUGCAGCCCUCUGUGUUUGCUGCCUGCGUUCCUGGAGAGCCAGCAGCCGCCGCCCGCCCGGAAAGCCCAGCAAAGAGCGGAGGAGAUGCGUACGAGGAGCUUCUUAAAGAGCUGAACGAAGGGGCCUUUGACUAG